AUGGUAGGAAGUGAGGUAACACCCCGAUCCAGACUAGAAGAACAAUGCCCAGUAUGCGGUGAUCGCGUUUCCGGCUACCAUUACGGACUUCUUACUUGUGAAAGCUGUAAAGGCUUCUUCAAGCGCACUGUGCAAAACAAGAAGAGUUACCAGUGUGCAGCGUCUUCUAAUUGUCCAGUAGAUAAAGCCGGUCGUAAACGUUGUCCACGGUGCCGCUUUGCAAAAUGUUUACAGCAAGGAAUGAAGAUUGAAGGUAGUUCCAAUUUAUUAGCUGAUUUCGUUAUGAGUAUUUCCUUAAGGAAGUAG